CUACAAUACAAAUCACAACUUCCUCGAUGACUGCUGUAACUUUUAGGAAUGGCGCGUCCGGUAGUAUCGCGAGUUUGACUCGUCAGCGAGAAUCGGACUGCAACUUCCCGGGAACAGAAACGUAUCAAACUAGCCAACUGUCAGCUCUGCACAAAUAAAACCGACAGUUAUGUCUUUACUAUGACAUUAACUUCACUCCAGCUCCAGACUAACAUCGGGUUUUAGGUAACUGCUUUAUUUACAUCAGAGCCCGGAAUGUAUGGAUGCUAACGCUCGCUAGUCAGCCACCAGUAGCAGUAGUUUGAAAACUGUCGGUGUUUCUCCAGAAAGAAAAAUGUCUGCGGAGCACAGGACGAGCUGGGUGCUGACAGGCGCUACGGUCGCUUGUGUCACCGCGCUGUAUGUCCCCUGUGUCCAGAGGACCGUCCCCGGCGGAGACUCAGGAGAGCUGAUCACCACUGCUUGUGAGCUGGGGGUGGCCCAUCCUCCAGGAUACCCUCUCUUCACCCUACUAGCUCGCCUGGCUAUGUGUCUUCUGCCCUCGCUCUCCGCAGCCCACAGCAUCAACCUGAUGAGUAGUCUGCUGGGGGCUGCAGCCUGUGGUGCCCUCUGCAUUUCUGUUUGCAGGUUGGCAGGUCCUGGUCCUGGAGCAGUACUAGCUGGGGGGCUGUUUGCUGUGUCCAGGCUGAGUUGGCAGUGGUCCAUGGUGGCGGAGGUCUUCACCCUCAACAACCUUUUUGUUGGUCUGCUCUUCUUCCUGACUGCCAGCUUCCACUGUGCUGAAAACGCCACCCAGAGGGGGAAGAUUGCACAUUGGGGAGCGCUGUUCUGUGGCUUGGGGCUCUGUAACCAGCACACCCUGGUGCUGUAUGUACUGGUCAUCAUUCCCUGGGUCCUUCACCGACUUCACUGUCACAGGGAACUGUCUUUGCGUCGCUUUGUGUCUCUGGGAGUGUGUUUCUUCGCUGGCUUUCUGCCGUACAUCUACCUGCCCAUCUCUUCCUACCUCAACACAGCCCGCUGGAGCUGGGGGGAUCAGACCACCCUGUCGGGCCUGCUGACCCACCUGCUGAGGGCUGAAUAUGGCACCUUCAGUCUGGCAAAGACGGAGAGUGCUGUAAACCUGAAGACAAUGCUAAAGGCUCAGAUGGACCACUGCCUUGCAGACCUUUCGCUUCCCGUUCUGGUGCUGGCAGGAACCGGCCUCUUCCUCUCCACAUGGGACAGGACAUGUCGCUCAGUUUCCUGGCUGUUGACUGCCAUGCUGGUCGUCUACUCACUUUUUUUUGCUUGGAGAGCCAACCUGGACAUUAGCAAACCCCUACUGCUUGGAGUGGUUGAGCGUUUCUGGCUCCAGAGUGAUGCUGCAGUGUGUGUGCUGGCAGGCCUCGGUUUGAGCCGGACACACAGUGAGCUGGAGAGGAGGCUGGGCCGUGGGGGGUUAUGGAAGACCACAGGCUGGGUCCUCACCAUGGCUCUUCUGGCACAUAUGGUGAGCACCAAUCACAGGGAGUGUGAUCAGAGCAGAAACAGUGUGGUCGAGAGGUUCGGCAGAGAGCUUCUGGCGUCUGUCCCAACAGACUCAAUCAUCCUGACCAGAGGAGAUCUGCCUGGAAACUCCCUGCGCUACUUAUACUACUGCCAGGGUGUACGGCCCGAUGUACGGCUGGUCGACCAGGAGAUGAUGACAUACACAUGGUAUGUGGCCAAGCUGGCACAGCAUCACCCAGGGGUCCGCUUCCCCGGGCGCUGGUGGGACCCGAUCAACACUGAGGAGAAAGACACCUUCAGUCUGGAGCAGUUUCUGUCCCACAACACACAGUGGGACGUGUUUGCCUGCAUUGGGCUGCCUGACGGAGACCCAAGCUGGGAGCGUACUUUCUCUCGUUGGCCCAUGGGUGUGUGUGACUACUUGGUGCCAGUUCAGAGGCACUUUCACCCUCAAGAGUGGGCCCAUCGAACUCGCAACCUCUACAACUGGAGUGAGCCACACAACAGUUUCCAUCCUGCGUCCUGGGAGCAUGUCGCUAAUGAGGAGAUGUGGCAAGCCAGGAUGAAGACGGCUUUCUUUCUGUUUGACCUGGCAGAAGGGAUGCAGGGAGAGGGGAAAGCUCGCCUCUUUGAGCUGUCUUACACUCUGUAUAAGGAGAUUGUGGAGGCCCACUCAGACUACCCUCCAAACUGGGACAAGAACUUGGCACUGGCCUGUGAGAGACUGCUUCGCUCGGGUCACCGGGGCCACAGUCCAGACAGCCUACUAACCUGCUGCACCCAGCACUUUAGUCUCUACUUGAAGAAGGAACCCACGGACCCCCAGGCGCCCGCAAUACGCUCGGCCAUUACUCACCUGCGCAAAGAGAGAGACAGCCUCCGCCAGAGCCGGAGGAAGACCCCGUAACAACGAUAGACCUACAUGGAGCUGGCACACUAAGAGUGCGCCUCAAGCCCAGCCCGAAGUGAAAGGCACAGAGGAUGAAGUCUGAAUGUGCUUCUUGUUGUGGUUUAAAGGUGGUGUUCCAGGAGGAUAGAAUGAUGUAGUGGUGUUUAGUUAAGGUUUUUGGCUGAAUGGACUUGGUGUGGACUUUGCAUGGAGGGCUGAUGCAGAAGUAUUGGUCUCACAAAGGACAGAAAGCGACCACUCGGCCAUGCUUCAUUUGAUGAAUGUUGACCAGGGACAGAGCUUGACUCCAGGAAGCCUUGACUGACCCCAAUCAAGCUGUGCGUCCUGCCCUUAAACUCGCCCAUUCGAUUGCUUUAUCGUUACAUCUUGUUCUUUUUUUUUUCUCUCCUCUUCUGCUCUCACAGUUUUUAACGUGCUGAUUAUUUUUGCCUCAGCCACUGCUCUAGUUCUCUUUUUCUCACAUUAGGAAGGCAAGGCCGAGAUUGAGGGAAAACCAAUUUGGGGGCAGAAAUGGGGGAUUAGAGCGGCUGUUUAAUCUAGGACAGACUUGUGCUGUGCCACACAGUCCUCACUCCGCAUAACCAGCACUACCCACCCACCCCCUAUCCUUCCAUCAGUCUAUCUUAGAUGGUCCUUUAAAUGUUUAAAACUAAUGGAUUCGAUGAGUGUUUUUUUUUUUUCCCCUCUCUUCCUUCCUAACGGGAGGGCUGUAAUCCCUCAUGGAUUUAAAUGAAAUGUGAAAUGUCACAAUGCCAGGGACCCUUUUAGAGGUGCGUUUCUGUGUACAACGCGUGUAUGUGUGUUGAUUUAUGUUUGCAUGUCGACAUGUGUGUGCGAACAUGCUUAAAUCUCCACCCAAGCCUUUUCCCUGCCCGGAACCACAUAUAAACGUAGUCAAUAAACAGAUCAGCACACUGGAAAGAGAGAGAAGCACAAAGUCAUGCAAACUCCAGGGACACGCAAGACCAUCAGCCUCCCAGCUCACGGCUCACAGGAAAAUGGACUUUCAGCCCUGUGAGGGUUGCUGGAUAGACGAUGUAGCACGGAAACACUGCGAGCGAACCAGAGUCACUUGUCUUUCACGUGUUCUCAGGGUCCAAAACCUCAGUAACACGCUGUUUGUUUGUUUUUUGUAUAUGCCGGUGCUGAUGUUAAUGAACUUGUGCUGUAAAAUUUGUCGCACAGAGGUCAAACCAGUGUAUUGCCAUAAGCUUUAUAAAACACUGCUGAAAGAGCCUGCUGUUUGAGAUACAACUAGAAAGCGAAGGACAGUAAGUGAAUAUGUGGUUUUCUCAGAAUGUAAUCUGCCCUCUCUGUUCGCAGGCCUGGUUAGCGGUUCUCAGCUGGCUGGAUGAUGAGAUUCGACCUGCUGUAGCACAGAUGAAAUAUUUCAAUAAAGAUUCUGUUUAUUUUAACACA